AUGGGCAGCCGCUACCGGUCCCUCAGCGGCGCGCUCAUCGACCCGGAGAAGCAGCGCAACAGUAACGACUACGACUCCGACGAUGCGCCCUCCCUAAUAUCCUCCCGCAACACCUCCUCCUCGCAUAUGCCCAUGCUCGGGCAACCACCCUCGAAACCCUCCUUCGCCUACCACCUACCGCGACGGCGCUUCUCCCGCUACUUCACCCUUGUGAUCGCCACAAUCCUGUUGGUCUUCAUCUACUACCUCUACCACUCCGCUUUCACAAGUCGCGCAGAAGUUCAGCUCGGCUUGAAGAAACCGCCCCCUCCACCGCCAGCGUGGGAGAGCUUUCCAUUUUUGAAAAGGUAUCAUGGUGGGAUAAGGACGCUCGUGGAUCGGAGUGAAAAUAAGCCAGAGUAUCCUGCGGAUGAGGAUGUGGAGGUGCAGAGGCUGAAGGAUGAAGCGUUACGGUUGAAGGAGAGUAUGGAUGCGGAAACAAGGCGCGAGAAGGGGUUUCAGAAGAGGGAGGAGAAGAGCUGGCAAGAGAGGGCUGUGAGAUUUGACCCGUAUGGGAAGGAGGGAAAGGAGUUUGAGUCGCCGGUGAAGUGCUAUCUGGAUAAUAAGACGAAGAUGGAGGUGCCGCAGUUGCUUAGCUAUAAGGGUGUUACAGAAGGGUUUCCAGAGCCUGUUAUGGGAGGUCAUGAUCUGUUAGGUCUGAGGAAUGAUGUGUGCUUCGAGAGGUACGGGAGGCUUGGACCAUAUGGUUUCGGAUACAGUAAAAAGUACGGCGGCAGUGGCGCUGGUAUGGAGGGUGAGAAGGAGGGGUCCGAAAAAGUCUGGGGCGAUGAGCUGGAGAUCGAUUACACGAAAGUCAGGUGGGCCGAGGUGCAGGAGCAAUGUCAACAGGCGAAUGCUCAUCGAUUCAAGCCGAAGCCGCAGAAGCACAUGAAUCACUUCUACUCUGCCAUGCCGUAUGGAGGGCCCGCAAAGCAGAAGGAGUUGAAAGAAGAGACUGUCAAGACUGUGUCAGACAGCGGCAAGCAGCUGCUUAAUCGGACUGCAGUCGUCAUACGGACGUGGUGGGACUUUCAGUACGAUGAUGAAGACAUGUUCUAUCUGCGAGCGUUGAUGAACGAGCUGUCGUUACAAUCUGGAGCCGAGUACGACGUGCACUUUCUCAUUCAUGUCAAGGACGACAACAUGCAGAUCUGGUCGGACGACGAGACAUAUCAGCGUGUUCUGGACGAUGCUUUGCCCGAGGAGUUCCGUGGCAUGGGCACUCUCUGGUCAGAACGACAGAUGGGGCUCAUCUAUGGUGGCGUCCACGAAUCAAUGUACCGUGACUUGCCAGUCCAUGGCGCAUACCGAUCUACCUACAUGCCCGUCCAAUACUUCGCCCACAUGCAUCCCGAAUAUGAAUUCUUCUGGCACUGGGAAAUGGACAUUCGAUAUACCGGCCAUUUCUACCACCUCUUCCAGCAAGUCUCCCAGUGGGCGAAACAGCAGCCCAGAAAAGGCCUGUGGGAGCGCAAUGGCCGCUUCUACGUUCCGUCCGAGCACGGCACCUGGGAAGACUUUCGACAAAUGGUGCGGGUGCAGACUGAGCACGGAACCGCAAGCAAGUCAAGCGUAUACAACAAACUCGCCGCCGAUGCAGGGACCGCUAACCCGAUGGACGAGGCCUCCCGCCAGCCCGAGACGCCCAUCUGGGGCCCACUCCGUCCCAGUGGUGAGGGCGACGAAGUUGAUUCUCCCUUAAAUGACCCACUUCAACCUACUACCUACGACAAGGACACAUACUCUUGGGGUGUAGGUGAAGAAGCAGACUUCAUCACCUUCAACCCUCUGUUCGACCCCCACACAACGAACUGGAUCUUGGCGGAAGACGUCACGGGCUACAACACUACUGAUAACAACUACCCACCCCGACGUACUGCCAUUAUCACAGCGAGUCGCCUCAGCAGAAGGUUACUGGAGACCAUGCACCGCGAAACAGCCCUGAAACGCCACACCAUGUUCUCGGAAAUGUGGCCUGGCUCCUGCGCCCUCCAUCACGGCUACAAAGCCGUCUACGCUCCUCAUCCUGUGUAUAUUGAUCGUGCGUGGCCGACCUCUUAUCUUGCUGCUAUCUUCAACAACGGAAGGAACGGCGCCUCAGGUGGCUCAAGGACCUCCGUCUUCAGCGAUGAACGACAACACAAUUUCCUCGGCACGACCUGGUACUACCACGCCGGCUUCGCGCCUAAUCUCUGGAAGCGAUGGCUGGGGUACCGAGUAGAUAACGAUGGUGGGGAGGAGUUUGAGGUUAAUGGGGAGGGGAGGAUAUGUCUUCCUGCUAUGCUUUUACAUCCGGUCAAGCAGGUGGAUUUGGUGAGGGAGCAUAAAGAGGGGGAGUAA